AUGGAUAAUUUUGAAAAAAGACGUAUUGAGUCCUAUUUAGAAGAAACUGACCAAAUUAUUGAAGUUUGGGGAGGUGAAUCUAGUGGUGACGAAAAUGUCGUUGAAAAUGAUAAUCGGUCUGACCAUGAUACCGACUCGGAACAAUCUGUCUAUGAUUUAGAAUACGAUCAUGAACGUGAUGAAAUAAUGGUAAACGAGAAGGACUUCGACAACAGUUAUAAUGAAUCAGAUGAUGAUGUCCCUUUGAGUAUGAGAGUUCAAUAUUUCGUUGGUAAAGAUGGUACCAAAUGGUUUCGUAAGAAACCUACUCAAAAUAUUCGCACUAUUCAACAAAAUUUAGUAACUGAAAAAUCCGGCGUAAAAGGUGUGGCCAAAAAUGCGAAAUCAGAAAUAGAAUCUUGGGAAAUAUUUUUUUCCAAUCCAAUAAUUGAAACAAUUGUAAAAUGUACAAAUAUAUAUAUCGCUAAAGUCCGUUCUAACUUUGCUCGAGAUCGCGAUGCCUUGGAUACCAACAAUCGUGAAAUAAAAGCACUAAUCGGUUGCUUGUACAUUAUAGCUAUCAAAGGUGGACAUCGAAGUACAUUAGAUUUGUGGAAAACUGACGGACUCGGAGCUGAAUUGUUACCAUGUGUGAUGUCCGAAAAGCGUUUUCAAUUUUUACUAAGAUGUAUUCGUUUUGAUGAUAUUCGUGGUAGAGAUGAAAGAACUAAGGUGGAUAAAAUAACACACAUAAGGUGGGUAUUUGAAAAUUUUGUUGAUAAUUGUAAGAACGCAUAUUCAGUUUCGGAAUAUAUAACAAUCGAUGAAAAACUACAAGCUUUUCGAGGCCGCUGUAGUUUUAAAAUGUAUAUUCCUAACAAACCAGCGAAAUAUGGUAUUAAAAUUUUUGCUGUAUGUGAUGCCAUAAAUUUCUAUACAAGUAAUUUGGAGAUAUACGCUGGAGUUCAGCCAGAUGGUCCAUUCAAACUUGAUAACUCAGCAUCAAGUGUAGUGAAACGGUUAGUACAACCAAUUAGAAAUACUGGACGCAAUAUUACAACUGAUAAUUGGUUCACUAGUGUACCACUUGCAAUUGACCUAUUCAAUAAUUACAAACUUACUCUAGUAGGAACAAUUCGAAAAAACAAACGACAGCUUCCAAUUGAAUUUACAUCUACAAAAAGUCGUCCUAUUUACACGUCUUAUUUUGGUUUUAGUGAAGAUAAAGUUACAAUCGUAUCAUAUACCCCUAAAAAAAAUAAAAUUGUUUUGCUAUUGUCUACUAUGCAUCAUAGCUCAACAAUUGAUGAAAGUACAAAAGAAAUGAAAAAACCAGAAAUAAUCACUUUUUAUAACUGCACCAAAGGUGCAGUAGACACCAUGGACAAAAAAACCGAGAAUUAUACAGUUGCCCGAAAAAGUUGUCGAUGGCCACUAACUGUAUUUUAUUCAAUACUGAAUAUUGCUGGACUUAAUUCACAAAUAAUCUUUCAAGAAAAUACAAAUAUUAAAAUGUCACGCCUAAAUUUCUUGAAAACUUUGUCUCGACAAUUGAUGGAAGAACAGUUAAAAUAUCGCUUGACAAUAGAUGUAUUGCCCAAGACCAUUAAGUUCAGACUAAAACAAUACGCUACGAAAACUAAUGAAGCUGCUGGUACCAGUCAGCGAGUUCGAGCAUCAGGGAGAUGUGCAUUUUGUGAAAGGGCCAAAGAUAGGAAAACCACUAAAGUUUGUACGAACUGUGCGAGAUUAAUUUGUCGUGAUCAUAUAAUAGAAACAUGUCCGGAUUGUUUUAUAGAUAUGUAA